GGAAAAGCCAAAGUUUCUUUUUACAACGAAACAUAUGUUUAAAGCACUGUGAUGACCGCGUGUUAGGGGAUUCCCCCCAGUCGCGACGCUGUACUCAUUAAGUGAUUUGUAGAAGGCCACGAAGUUCGAUCCAUAAAUAAUAAUUACCACUUCAGUGAAAUAUGCAGAGAGAAGAAAACAACGGAUUUGGACCGUUUUACASACAAAGAGGAUCAGGGGCGAUAUGGGUCGCGAUUACAAUCCUUGUGGCCUUCGUUGUAAUGACAUUCCUCGCGGAAAGGCCACUACAGCAUAAUGUUUUGGCGUUUUACUUCUUCGCUAUUAGUUUAUCUCUACUUGCCUAUAUGGUCGGUGAGAUGGCUCGAAGACUUUGCUUAUUUGUAGAAGAAGCUCGCCAUUGUCGCUCACGUUACGAAGGAARCAUGAAGAAAGCUUUUAAAGCCACGUUUGACUACGAGAAAAGUGAUCUAAUCUCACUCUUCACUAUUCUAUUUACUUUAUGCAUGUCUUCUUUUUUSCUCGAUAUCUGGGAUUCCUGUAAGACUGAAUUAAUGCGAUUUUUUGUCUUGAACGCUGUCUUUAUUCCCUUAUUUGUUUUCUUGUUCGGUUUACGAAAGCUUUCACGUGUGGAAUAUUCUCAAAUCAACGAAAAGGUAAACAAAAACCUGGCCGAUGGUUUGGCUUGGGGUUAUUACUUUGGAUACCUGAAGUUUGUUUUGCCUGCGUUGGAGAACCAAAUCAAUCUAACUGAGAAGUACCGCUACAAAAUCAAUGUCCACAAAGUGUUUAUUAUCAUCCCUAAAAACUGUCUUGUUUUUGACCAAAUUUCAAACAAACAUUUAGAUCCGAAAGGUCUGAUUAAAAGUGAUGGAAAUCUUGAACCACUGAAAAAAACUCGUGGAGGUCAAAUCCGUACUUACAAACACAGAGUACAUAGCAUUAAAGACGAAGACACUGGCAGGACUUACUAUUGUAUCAUGGAAUAYGCCACAACGUUGAUGAACCUAUUUGACAUGUCUAACGAUCCCARUGCUGGACUGUCCAGGGAGGAGAGGAACAAUCAAGUGAACCUCUUCGUUGCAAAGCUAAUAGAAAUCCUCGACAAUGAUCAAGAGUGUAAAGAUAAGUACAAGCUUGUUACGUUUGGUGGAGGAGACCAAGACAUCGGCAAGAUUAUGAUAAGAGCCAUGAAAGACUGCACUCUGGAGUUCGGUGCACGCGGGACGUAGCUGCUCAGCAGCUCAGCUCAAUGCAGAUUUUUUCUGAUUUCUCUCAUAAAACAAAAGAAAUAAAUGAUAGCAUAAAAACAGA